UGUGGUUCCUCCAAGUGCGCACGGCGGCUGCUGAGGGAGCAACUCCUCCUGCCGAACCCAGACGCGCGUCCUCAUCAGCAACCUGCGCUCCUGGGCUGGAUUUUAAAUAAAUACAUAUAUACUCUUAUAUAUUCAUCCCGCUAGAGGAACUCCCGAACCGCUCCUUACUGGACCCGCCGCAGGGACGCACACUUUCAGAAAAAAAUAAAGAAUCCCGGGGAUUAUUGCUUGUUUUAAAAACAUGAAGAUGUGAGGGUUUACACGCUGCAAGAACCAGAAAGAAACUCCGAGGUUGAUAAAGAUGUCGAGGAUCUGAGGGGUACAGCAGUUUGGCCAGCAAGGUUUGGCGGUUUGAAAUGGUUUGAAGGCCUCCGUCCGUCCCAGUCUCAAACCGGAAAUGAUGUGCCAAUAAAAAGAAGAACAAUUACAGUUUGUGGCCAUCAAUGCGAGGUACGCAUGAGCAAGUAACAAGAGGAAGAAGAAGAAGCUGCUGGAGAAGCCGAAGAUAUGAAGUUAAAGAGGUUUUGAAAACAAGCCAGUGAAAAACCAUCCUGCCUGCAGAACUCAAUCAUCCCGCUGCAGUUGGCGCCUCGGCUCUCCAGCCAGGUGGAAGAUAAGACCCACCCCUUCCCUCCCUGUACCCCACCCCCCAAUCCACUCCCACUGGAACCAAGAUGGCCACAAGGAGUGUCACUCGCCUGUCCUUGCCACUCCUGCUGCCUGUUACCACUCUGCUGCUUUCACAGCUGCUCACUGGCUCCCACGCCUUAUCUCCACCACGUUUCACAAAAGUCCCUGUCGACCAGAUAGGCGUCUCCGGGGGUGUUGUGUCCUUUGUUUGCCAGGCGACGGGUGACCCCAAGCCAAGGGUUAGCUGGAAUAAAAAAGGCAAAAAGGUCAACUCCCAGCGUAUAGAGACCAUUGAAUUCGACGAGGGUGCCGGCGCGGUGCUCCGAAUCCAGCCUCUCCGUGCACCGCGUGACGAGAACAUCUAUGAAUGUGUGGCUGAGAACAGCGAAGGCGAGAUCACAGUCAAUGCCAAGCUGUCCAUCAUCCGAGAGGACCUUCUCCCUACCGGCUUUCCUAUCAUCGACAUGGGCCCUCAGUUGAAAGUAGUGGAGCGGACUCGGACAGCGACAAUGCUCUGCGCAGCCAGUGGCAACCCUGACCCAGAAAUCACUUGGUAUAAAGACUUCCUGCCCAUUGACCCCAGUGCUAGUAAUGGGCGAAUCAAACAGCUACGUUCAGGUGCCUUGCAGAUUGAGAACAGCGAGGAGACAGACCAGGGGAAGUACGAGUGCGUGGCGUCUAACGUGGAAGGCGUGCGCUACUCGUCCUCUGCUAACCUUUAUGUGCGAGAGCUUCGAGAAGUCCGGCGGGUGCCUCCUCGCUUCUCCAUUCCACCAACGAGUCAGGAAAUUAUGCCAGGUGGGAGUGUGAACAUAACGUGCGUGGCGGUGGGAUCCCCCAUGCCUUACGUCAAGUGGAUGUUGAAUUCGGACGACUUGACGCCAGAGGACGAGAUGCCAGUGGGUAGGAACGUUCUUGAGCUGAGCAGCGUCCGUGAGUCAGCCAACUACACCUGUGUGGCUAUGAGCAGCCUUGGCAUCAUUGAAGCUGUGGCACAGAUCACUGUCAAAUCUCUUCCAAAGCCUCCAGGUACUCCAGUGGUUACUGAAACCACUGCCACUAGUGUCACUAUCACCUGGGACUCCGGCAACCCUGACCCAGUGACCUACUAUAUCAUCCAGUAUCGUGCAAAAUCCCCAGAAAGCAAGUAUGAGACAGUGGACGACAUCACCACUACACGUUACAGCAUUGGCGGCCUCUACCCCAACACAGAGUAUGAAAUUCGAGUCUCGGCCGUCAACACAAUCGGCCAGGGUCCUCCCAGUGAGCCAGUGGAGACCAGAACUGGUGAGCAAGCCCCUGCUAGUCCACCUCGUAACAUCCAAGCUCAGAUUAUAUCCCAAAACACCAUGAUGGUACGCUGGGAGGAGCCAGAGGAACCCAAUGGGCAGAUUAAGGGCUACCGGGUUUAUUACACCAUGGAUGACUCUCAGCCAAUGAGCCUCUGGCAGAUUCAUAACGUCCAGGACAGCAUCAUCACGACAAUUCAGAGCCUUGUUCCUCAAGAGACCUACACCAUCAAAGUCCUAGCCUUUACCUCAGUGGGUGAUGGACCCUUUUCAGAGCCAAUCCAUGUUAAAGUGCUGCAAGGAGUUCCUGGUCAGCCAUCCAAAUUUCAGGUCGGGGAUGUGUCUGAUACCAGCAUCCAACUAACCUGGGAACCUGCUUUUGACAAAGAAGGAAUUAUAAAUUAUGAACUUCGCUAUACAGAAGGCAGUUUUGGCUCUCAGAUCAAGAAAACAUUUGGGCCCACGUCUUCAUACAUUGUGGAAGGCCUCCGCCCAAACACAGAGUACCACUUCUCCCUGGCAGCCAUCUCUAACAAGGGCAUCGGCGCUUUCACCAAUGACAUAUCACAGAAGACCUUGCAAGCCAAUCCCUCAGCACCCCCUCAAGACAUUAAGUGCAGCAGCACCAGCUCCACCACCUUGCUGGUAAGUUGGCGCCCCCCGCCACUGAGGAGUCAGAAUGGUGUCCUGGCGGGGUAUAGGGUGCGCUACCAGGUGGUGGGACAGUCAGAGGGCGGCGGUGACGAUGUGGAGGCGAUGGAGGAGCCCACCGUGCCUGCCACCGAAGAACAGGUGCUGCUGCAGCGUUUGGAAAAAUGGACCCAGUAUCGCAUCACCGUGUCUGCCUUCACGGUUGUUGGGCCAGGCCCUGAAAGCGAGCCCUUAAACUGCCGGACCGAUGAAGACGUUCCUGGCGGCCCUCCAAGGCGUGUGGAGGUGGAGGUCUUAAACUCCACUGCACUUAAGGUGAUGUGGCGUUCGCUCAUGCCUGGAAAGCAGCACGGUCAAAUCCGUGGCUACCAGGUCCACUAUGUCCGUGUGGAGAAUGGGGAGUCCAGGGGACUGCCCCUGAUCAAGGAUGUCAUGCUGGCUGAUGCCCAGUGGGAAACGGACGAUAUCGCUGAAUAUGAAAUGGUUAUCGGAGGACUGAAGCCGGACACCACCUACUCCAUCACGGUGGCGGCAUACACCACCAAGGGGGAUGGAGCGCGGAGUAAACCCAAACUGGUGGUGACCAAAGGUGCAGUGCCUGGUCCACCCAUUUUGUCAGUGACUCAGGAGUCGGAAACAUCUGCUCUGGUUCGCUGGAACCCUCCAGACCUGAAAAAUGGCAUGGACCUGCAAGGUUACAGGCUCCAGUUUGGUCGGAAAGAUGUCACACCCUUGGCCACACUAGAAUUUUCUCCCCAAGAACGACAGUACUCUGUGGGCAACAUUCACCGGGGGGCCACCUACCACUUUAAACUGUCAGCCAAAAGCAGAGGGGGCUUUGGGGAGGAAGCUGGUGUGGAACUCAUUGUACCAGAGAAUAUACCAGGUGGAUAUCCUCAAAUGAACCAAGGCUCCAAUGUGACAUGUUGCUCUGUGCAGCUGUCCUGGUCUCCACCAGUGCUGGCCGAGAGGAAUGGCGUAAUAACAGAGUACACUUUGGCCUACAAGGAAGCGAGUAGCGGAGGAGCGCCACAGGAGCUCCGAUUGCCCCCCAAUCUGUCCAGCUAUGUGCUCAACAGCCUCAAACCAAACUCUGCUUACGAUGUGAAAAUUCGUGCACACACCAUUGUAGGUCCCGGGCCCUACAGCCCACCUAUCCAGUACCGGACGGUGGCCAAUGAUCCAACAGAUGUUCCAAAGAAUUUUACCAUCAAGUGGGCAACCAAGACCACAGUUGUCCUUGCUUGGAAGUUUUCUGAAAGCAGGUCCCCAUACAAAUGCACGAUUGACUACAACCGUCAGAAGAUGGAUGUGGAUGCCCGGCAGCUGAGGGUCUUCAUUACUGGGCUCAGGCACAACACCACCUAUGAGUUCAGGGUGACAUGCCAAGAAAGCAUGGAUGGUGGGCCAAAACACCGCGUGGUUGCCAGGACGGCACCGCUCAUCCUGGUCAGGAAACCGAAGCUGGACAUCUAUGCUGAGCCUGACAAUAUUCUCACCAUGUCCUUUCCACCAGUUGAUGGCAAGGAUGUCAAGAAUUUCUAUGUGGUUGUGGUGCCAUUGAAAAUGACCUCAGGGGCUGUCAAGAAUCUAAAGACUCCUGAUGAGAUGGACAUGGAUGAGCUGUUGCGGGAGGUGACCCCCAAGCGCCGAUCACGCCGUCAGUUGGCUCAGCUGGACCAGAGGAAGCCUUACAUCACAGCCUGCUUCCGACAGCUUCCCUCCAGCUUCACCGUAGGCUCUGACCAUCGCCAGAGCAGCUGUGAGAAUAAAGCUCUCGAACCUGGCCAGGAGUACGUCUUCUUCCUCAUGGCUGAACUAAAUGCUACUGCUGGGAAAAUGUUUGCAACCAGCCCUUAUACUGACACAGUGAUGACUCCUGUGCUGGUGGAUCCUCAGCCAGUGGAGACAGGCGGUGAUGGGCUCAUUUGGGUGGUUGGUCCAGUCCUGGCUGUUGUCUUCAUCAUCUGCAUUGUCAUUGCAAUCCUCCUGUAUAAAAACAAACCUGACAGCCGCAAGAGAAAGGAGUCGGAACCACGCACAAAGUGUCUGCUGAACAACGCAGACAUCACACCCCACCAUCCUACUGACCCUGUGGAAAUGAGACGCAUCAACUUCCAAACUCCAGAUUCUGCUCUAAACAGUCCUCAGAGUGCAGCAGAUAUUGACUAUGAAAGCAUGAUGAAUCACCCUCCUAUCCCCAUCUCCGAGCUGGCUGAGCACACAGAACUUCUCAAGGCCAACGACAACCUGAAACUCUCCCAAGAAUAUGAGUCCAUCGAUCCAGGCCAGCAGUUCACCUGGGAACAUUCCAACCUGGAGGUGAACAAGCCGAAAAAUCGUUACGCCAAUGUCAUCGCCUACGACCACUCCCGCGUCAUCCUGGCUCCCAUUGAGGGGAUCACAGGUAGCGACUACAUCAACGCUAACUACAUAGACGGCUACAGGAAACAGAACGCUUACAUCGCCACCCAGGGUCCUUUGCCAGAAACUUUCGGGGACUUCUGGAGGAUGGUGUGGGAGCAGAGAGCUGCCACCGUGGUCAUGAUGACCCGACUGGAGGAGAAGUCGCGGAUAAAGUGUGACCAGUACUGGCCCAGCCGCGGCACAGAAACCUACGGUAUGACCCAAGUGACCCUGCUGGACACCAUAGAAUUGGCCACUUUCUGUGUUCGCACCUUCUCCUUGCACAAGAACGGCUCCAGCGAGAAACGUGAAGUUCGUCAGUUCCAGUUCACAGCGUGGCCCGACCACGGCGUGCCGGAAUACCCGACCCCCUUCUUGGCCUUCCUGCGUCGGGUCAAGACCUGCAACCCGCCUGAUGCUGGACCCAUCAUCGCCCAUUGCAGUGCCGGUGUCGGCCGGACGGGUUGUUUCAUAGUAAUCGACGCCAUGCUGGAGCGCAUCAAGCACGAGAAGACGGUUGACAUUUACGGCCACGUGACGCUGAUGCGCUCACAACGGAACUACAUGGUGCAGACGGAGGACCAGUACAGCUUCAUUCACGACGCGCUGCUGGAGGCGGUGGCCUGUGGCAACACCGAGGUGGCGGCCCGCAGCCUCUACUCCUACAUCCAAAAGCUGGCCCAGGUGGAGAGCGGCGAGCACGUCACUGGCAUGGAGCUGGAGUUCAAGCGUUUGGCCAACUCCAAAGCCCACACGUCACGCUUCAUCAGUGCCAACCUUCCCUGCAACAAGUUCAAGAAUCGGCUGGUCAACAUCAUGCCCUACGAGACCACGCGUGUCUGCCUGCAGCCAAUCAGAGGCCUGGAAGGAUCCGACUACAUCAAUGCUAGCUUCAUUGAUGGAUACAGGCAACAAAAGGCCUACAUUGCCACGCAGGGCCCUCUGGCAGAGACUACAGAGGACUUCUGGAGAAUGCUCUGGGAGAACAAUUCCACCAUUGUAGUCAUGUUGACCAAACUGAGAGAGAUGGGAAGGGAAAAGUGUCAUCAGUAUUGGCCAGCGGAGCGCUCCGCCAGGUAUCAGUACUUUGUGGUGGACCCCAUGGCGGAGUACAACAUGCCUCAGUACAUCCUUCGAGAGUUCAAAGUCACAGAUGCCAGGGAUGGCCAGUCCAGGACAGUAAGGCAGUUCCAGUUUACCGACUGGCCAGAGCAAGGCGUUCCCAAAUCUGGGGAGGGCUUUAUUGAUUUCAUUGGCCAGGUGCAUAAAACCAAGGAGCAGUUCGGACAAGAUGGGCCGAUCUCUGUUCACUGCAGCGCCGGUGUGGGCAGGACCGGUGUCUUCAUCACCCUCAGCAUCGUCCUGGAGCGAAUGCGUUACGAAGGUGUGGUUGAUAUCUUCCAGACUGUGAAGAUGCUCCGGACACAGAGGCCAGCCAUGGUCCAAACUGAGGACGAGUACCAGUUCUGCUAUCACGCCGCCCUGGAGUACUUAGGAAGCUUUGAUCACUAUGCAACGUAAAAGCCAUCUCUCCUCCCCCCGCCCACAUGAGUCCUGUCACCCCCUUCAACAGUCUCCUGAGCCAUAGAAACUUGAAUUUUGAAACAACCGUCAUGCUCAUCAAACCGAGAUACCAUCGUAGAGUCCUCAACACCCGAAUAUUUCCAAUCCGGUUAGCGCAGACUCCUCCCAGUCCAGAAGAUCCUCGUCAGGAGGUGAACCCAGAAGCUAUGGCUCAAGCUACGGGGGCGAUCCGAGUGUCAGACCGCUUACCUUUACCUCAAGUGUUUCCAUACGGAGGACGUUGUAAACAUUCACACAAGUAACGAAGUCGGAGGCAGAUCAUCAACCAGAUGGGGCGACUUUUUUUUUUAUAUUCCUGGAUGUAAAGGAACUUUUCAUUUCCAACGUAUUUUGUGUGCGAUAUUCGGAAUGGCUGGCUCAAACUCUCAAACGCUGGUCGACGACAGAUUGGAUCCGGAGGAGAAGAGGAACCAGACGUGCUAAUGAGAAGCAUUGUUAGCGUGGAGAAGGUGUGACAGUACAUCGCACAUCACAUGAGGAGCUGUCGGGGAGAAGCGACAUCAAAUAUCUUCACGUGGGUUCUCUCCUGCCUGCAGCACGUUGGUUGGCGGCCAUGUCCGGUGAUUAAGCCCGCAACCAACCAUGCAAAGACGGGCCUUCCUUUGUGUGCAGUGACCAACGCUCCUCAUGAAUAUUUCGACAUUUUCCCUUCAUUUUCUUUUGUGUCCGAACCAAACAUGCUGCUUAUCUCGUGUGUUGCUGUGGAGAGGUUUCAUUUCAGAAGACGCAAACAAAUUGGGCCUGUUUCAGUUACAAAGCCGGGCGUUUAAGUGCUUCAAACACUCACUUUGAGAUCCACUGUAUCCUCAUUUGUUGGAUUAAAGAAGAAGAAGAAGAAGAAAAAAAAAACGCUUUGGUUGGUUCGGUCUCUCUGUAUUCUUAAUUACGUCUCGACGUGACGGAACCAGAGCGUGUUGAUGCAACCAGGAGAAGUAACUUGCACAUCCCCGCCAAAGUCCCCGCCAAAAACACCUGCAGGUUGAGCUUGACGUACUAAACCAGGGGUGUCCAAAGGGAGGCCCGGGGUCAUUUUUAUGGGCCACACAUUCUAAAAGUACAAGAAAACUAACAAAGCAACACAACUCAACUAAUGUCGUAAUAUUAUGAUGUCAUUUUAGUAGCAUAAAGUUGAAAUAUGAAAGAAUAGUUUUUUUUAUAGUAAUAAUAAUAAUUUUAUGAGAAACAAACAAAGCAACCAAUAAAGUUGUAAUAUUUGGAAAAUUAGAUUGCAGCAAAAAAGCUAUAAUGUUGCAAGAAUAAAGUAAAAAUAUUAUGGAAGAAAAAAUAUAUUUGAAGAAAAAAAAAUAGCACAAAUGGAAAAAACAGCUGUAAUUUUAGGAGAAGAGAGUCAGAAUAUUAAGAGAAAAAACAUGGAAAAAUGUUGCAAUUUUACAAUAAUUAACUCGUAAUAUUAUGGGGAAAAAUAAUGUCAUUUUAGUAGUAUAUAGGUAAAUAUUUUAAAAAUAUAUAUAUUUUUUUUAAUAAAAUAACAAAAUAAAGUAAUGUAAUGUAAUUUUUGGGAAAUUGGGAUGGGGUGAAGAGUUAUAGUAUGUGGAUAAAGUCAAAAUAUUAUGGUAAUAAAGUCAUGAUAUCACGAAAAGAACAUUAACAGAGUUUAUUUAAGAAGAAAUAUUUGGAACAUAAAAAAAAAAAAUGUAAAAAUUGGGAAAAAAAGAGCAAAGACCGAAGUUGUUCAUAAUAAUAGAUUUUU